GUUCCCCCGCCCGAUAAACGAAACUGGGCACCGAGAGGAGAAGGAGGCGGCGCCAGAUCUCGCGGCGCUUGCUUGCUUUUCCACUUCCCACCUACCUAACCGGGGACGCCAGCCGGGACGCGGUUAGCACUAGCCUAAACGGCUUCGACGGACCGGGGACGGACGCGGGCGAUUUAACACAAGCCUAACCGAGCGAGCGAGCCAGGAAGGAAGGAGAAGGGAUGCGCGCCCCGUCGAGACUGCUGCUGCCGCUGGUGGUGGCCGUGACGCAGGUGCAGGGCGCCGAGGCCGCCAACGGCUCGCUGCCCACGUGGCUGGCCUACGUGACGGGCGGGCUGCUGGUCAUCAUCAUCGUGUACUACUGCUGCCGCCGCGCGCGCUUCGACGAGAACCUGCAGCAGCCGCUGCUCGGGGGCCAGUACACGGAGGACGGCCAGCCCAUGACCCGCCAGGACGUGCAGGAAUCAAACGACGAGGUGAGCACGCAGUGGCAGUGCGAGGUCUGCGACUUCCACAACAAGAGCUCGGCCAAGGCCUGCGUGCUAUGCGGCACGGAGCGCGGCUUCAGCCUGGGCCUCAACUCGCCCGUGCGCCCCGCCAACACGGGCCCAGUGGCCGUGGAGACGGACGUGCCGAGGGAGAAGAGCUUCAACCGCACGCGGUCCUUCGCCAUCCGCCGCCUCAACAUGCUCAACUCGCGCCAGCGCGGCGCGCGCAACCGCCAGGACUGGGUGCGCAAGGUCGGCAUGGACGGCAAGCGCUACUGGGCCAAGAGGGAGCUGCCCUUCCCAUUGGGCAACGCCAAGCCCAAGGACGACAAGGCUUCUGGAGCUGGAGACGACGACAAGCCCGGCGCCAUCCGGAUCGACAUCCCGGCCUCAGACGCCGACAUGCUGUCGCCCAAGGGCGCCGGCUCGACCACCGCCGCCUCGUCGGGCUCGACCGACCCGGACAAGGAGCUCGUGCACCAGCAGUCGCUGGCCUUUGUGUCGCAGCUGGCGCAGACCCCGCGGCAUCCCGAGGGCCGCAUGACCUUCAAGGAGUACCGUGAAGUGGACGCGCGCGUGGCCUCUCGAGGCUAUGAAAUCUCGGAGCAGGACCUGGAGAUUCUGGAACAGGUGGCGGCGCUGCCCUUCAAGGACAAGUACGCGUGGUUCCUGGAGCAGACGUCGGCGCUGAUCAAGCCCUGGGAGGACGGACACUUGAAGAUGCGCGUGCACCGCGAGAACAUUCUGGUCGAGUCGAUGGAGCAGCUUCUCGGCGUGCAGAUGGAGCACAUCCACAUGCCGCUGCGUAUCGAGUUCAUUGGUGAAGUGGCUAUUGAUGCCGGCGGUCUGGAGCGUGAGUGGUUCUCGCUGGUGACGGAGCGGCUGUUCGAUGAGACGAUUGGUCUCUUCAUGUGCGCGCACGUGGACUCGCUCGCGUACGUUAUCAACCCGAACUCCGUGGAGGCCUCGGCCGACCACCUGCUGUACUUCCGUGGCGCAGGUCGGUUGUUGGGUCGCGCUCUGCUGGAGGGACAGUUGAUGAAGGCUCAUUUGGCCCUGCCCGUGCUGAAGCACUUGCUUGGUGUCCCGAUCUCGUUCAGUGACUUGGAGUUCUUCGACCAGGAAGUGUACAACUCGCUUAAGUGGAUGAAGGAGAACGACGGCGUGGAUGCGCUGGGUCUCGACUUUACCGUGACGAACCGGAAGCUGAACGGCGAGGUGGAGACGAUCGAGCUGAAGGAAGGCGGCAAGGACAUUGAGCUGACGGACGAGAACAAGCAGGAGUACAUUUACCUGCGUCUUCGCUACAUCAUGCUGGACUCGUACGCCGAGCAACUGCAGCACCUGAUGGCUGGAGUGUUCGAGGUGAUCCCGCAGGAGCUUAUCCUCGUGUUCGACUACCAGGAGCUGGAGUUGGUGCUGUGCGGCGUGCCGUCCAUCGAUGUGGACGACUGGAAGGCGCACACGCAGGUCUCGGACGAGCUGCCGGAGGAGCUGCUGUCGUGGUUCUGGGAGAUAGUGGAGGCGUUCUCGGACGAGGAGCGUGCGCGUCUGCUGCAGUUCACGACGGGUUCGUCGCGUGUGCCGGUGCAGGGCUUCAAGGCGCUCACGAGUUACGAUGGCCGCAUCUGCCACUUCACGCUUAAGGCCGUGGCCUUCCCGGAGAACGCCUACCCGCGAGCACACACGUGCUUCAACCGCAUCGACCUGCCGCUGUACAAGUCGAAGAAGGAGCUGGAGGACGUGCUGUCGCUGGUGAUAAAUAUGGAAGUGACGGGCUUCACGGACGAGUAA